CUAUUAUUUCACAGAGCUCUCUGGUUGGGCUGCUCUGUAAGAAGCUAAUCACCUAAGAGUGUCUAUUGCUGUGGCUGAUGAUUUCCAGAGCGUUCUAAGAUGUUAUCAGGAAAGGCAUCCCACAAACAAUGUACACGCUUCACACCAAAAGGGUAAAAGCUGCUGCUAGGCAGAUGUGGACUUCAAAUCUCUCCAAGGUCAGACAGUCUCUUAAAAAUGUUUACCACAAAUGUAAGAUUCGGCACCAAGAUUCAACUGGAUAUCCCACUGUGACAUCUGAUGAUUGUAAUCAAGAUGAUGUUAGUUAUCACGGAAAAAUGAAUCUUCCAGUAGUGCUCCAAGAUGUUAAAACUGCUCAAGUUGAACUUUUCAGCCAAAUGACUGACAUUGUCCAGAAGAUACCAAAAGUCCAGGAAAAGACUGACUUGUAUCAAAAACAGAUGGAGGUCCUGGAAACCAGAAUGAAUGUUAAUGAAGACAAACAAUGCACAACGACUAAAGAUAUCCUCUCUAUGAAAGAAGACAUCAAGGCAUUAAAGAAGAAGGUGACAGAACUGGAAAAUCAGAAUUCCUGCUCCACGAUACAUUGUCUAGAGAUUCUGGAGGGAGAAAGGGGUAAAGAAAUCACAGAACUGCUUUACAAACUCAUACAACCAGCAACUCUGAAGAACACUUUGGCCUCUACAGACAUGGAAAUCUCUUCAGCAGAACCAGAGAAAGUGCCCAGUUAUCCAAAGUCCACUGACCAUCUUGAGAAGAAAACAAUUUCUCCCCAAAUGAAAACUCUGAAGAAACGUAACCAUCAAAAUGCAUCAAGGAGCUUUGAAAAAGCAAAGCCAAAUAUUUACAUUUACCCAGACUUCAGUACAUGGAUCAAGCUAACUUUUGUUCAUGGAGGAAAAUGGACAUUUUUCCUCAGUGCUACCAAGUUAGAAGAAUUCAUCCAGUGGCUUCUUUCUAGGCCAACCAUUCUUCCUGAGGAACCCCAGGUCAUAACCCAGAGAUACUGUCCAUUCACUGGGCCCAUUUUGAGCUUGACCACAAUCUGUCUCUCCAUCUUCAACAAUAUUUACGGCUUUAUUUGUUCCUUAAAAGAAGAAGUAACUCGACUAUAGAGUUAUGUUCUGCUUUGCUUGGCACAAAAUAAAUGUAACCUGGAGGCUCCAAGUAUUCACACA